AUUUAAGUUCCCAUUGACAGACAAACAUUUCACGAUAGUUUUUGGGGGUUUUUAUAAAUUGAGAGCAAAGAUCUGCAAUCGACAAUGACGACCAUUGAAGCGCACCCCGUCGUAGACGCUGACGAUAACCAUUCUGACGCAGACUCGUCACUUGGUGCGGAUAAUGCGUCCUCGACAGACAGCUUGAGAAGCUCAAUCCUUGAUUUCCGUCAAGAAAAUGGAAGAACAUAUCAUGCUUUUCGAGACGGCAAAUACAAUCUCCCGAACGAUGAUGAGGAGAACGAAAGAUUAGAUCUGCAACAUAACUUGUUCUUGCUUACUCUUGAUAACAAGCUCGGUCUGAGCCCUCCUAAUCUUCCCGACUCGAAGGUUAAGCGUGUCCUCGACGUUGGCACUGGAACCGGUAUCUGGGCGAUUGACUUUGGCGACGAGCAUCCCGAGGCAACAGUCAUUGGUGUUGACCUCUCACCGAGCCAGCCAAGCUUUGUGCCACCGAAUGUUCGCUUCGAGAUCGAUGAUAUCGACGAGGAAUGGACAUACAGCGAACCCUUUGACUUUAUUCACAGCAGAUUCAUGAACUUCAGCAUUCAGAACUGGAAGUCGUACUUCACCAAGAUCUACCAGAACCUGGCUCCAGGCGGCUACGUUGAACUGCAGGAUGUCGAUGUCAUCAUGGGCAGCGACGAUGGCACCCUCAAGGAAGAUCAUACCAUGUACCAAUGGUGCCGACUUCUCGACGAAGCAGCCGGAAAGUUCAACCGCUCGUUCGAACGUACGACUAACUUCAAGGAUAUGCUGAAAGAGGUCGGAUUCGUUGAUGUUGUUGAGACGCGCUACAAGUGGCCUACCAACCAUUGGCCCAAGGACAAGAAGUACAAGGAGCUUGGCCAGUGGAAUAACGUCAAUGCAGCCUCGGCUCUGGAGGCGCUGACUAUGGCGCCUUUUACGAGAGGACUGGGCUGGAGUCGUGAGGAGGUCGAGGUGUUUUUGGUGAAGCUGAGACAGGACUGGAAUAACCCCAAGAUCCAUGCUUAUUGGCCCAUUGGCGUUACUUAUGCUAAGAAGCCCGAAGCGUAGUGCUGGUUACAAGUUUCAGAUCUUCAGUGGAGUUUAGACUGGAUGGAAUGAUUGGCAUUUUACGUAUUAUGAAACUUUGAGGCAGCCCUCUUUUACUCAUCCUUCAAACUGAGUUCAUGGCGAAGUGCCCACCCUGUUUGAACAAGCGGCGUAUUCGUUCUCGGCCGUGUCCUCCCAGUGACGCGUGCAUAUAAUAACUGACAAUAAACAACUAAAAUCCAGACA